AUGUUCCGUAGUCAGUUCACCACGCUGCUGGGUCUGUUCAGUGGGGCCUGGCUGCCCACAGGCUCAGGGAAGCCUGGGGCCCCAGCGACCCCUGUUCAGUCCGGGGCUGCUACCAAUCAGAGCUGGACUCUGGGUCCCCUGGUGCCCAUCUCUGCCCUGGGUAGCUGGGAGGCCUUCCUGGGCCUGCAGAACAAACAGCAGGGGACCAGUGAGCUGCAGGGAGGGCAGAGAGUAGCUGCUGGUAUGCCUUUGCCCUUGGCUCCUCAAGAAGUGCUUCAGGAGACUUGUAAAGCUCUGUCCUUUGUUCAGGUGAUCUCCAGGCCUGGUUGCACAGGUGCCCGGGUCCUUAAUCAUCUCUGUUUUGGCCGCUGUUCCUCCUUCUACAUUCCCAGCUCGGAUUCCACCCCUGUAGUCCUCUGCAACAGCUGUGUGCCAGCUCGAAAGCGCUGGACAUCGGUGACGCUGUGGUGUGGAGCUGGCCAAUUAGCCUCCCCGCGGCGGGUGAGGAUUUCCACCGUAUUGGUCCAGAAGUGUCAGUGCCGCCCGAAGCUGUGAGCUGAGCAUCCUAGAGGAAUGCGCAGGACAUGAAUGAACCUUGGAAAGAAGCAGGAGACGCAAUAGAAAGACGUGACCUGAAUGAUGUGAUUCGGGUCAAGAGAGCAGAAUUGGACAGGGCCAGAAUAAAUGACAUGGUCUCCCAGUCAUGGGUUUAGACCACUAAUAGUCGUAGAAUGUGGGGCUAGGGUAUAACUCAGUGGGAGAGGGCUUGACUAGCAUGCAUGAAGCCCUGGGUUCUAUUCU